AUGAAUGCCAACAAAGAUGAAGCGCUAAAAUGCAUUUUCAUUGCCAGAAAACGUUUGAGUGCUGGAGAACGCGAUGCAGCUAAGAAAUUUCUACUAAAAGCUUUGAGAUUAGAUCCAUCUGUCAAUAUUGCAGUCGAAGAAGAACAGGUUAGGUCAGCACAAGUUCCCCGUCAUGGUGAUACUUUCUUCCAGUAUGAUGCUGACGUCUUCACCAUGUUUUUCAACGGGGGGUUUCCAUUUUCACAAGUUUACCGGGAUCAUCGUCACAGGCGUCAGAGAUCUCGAGAAUCUGAGCGUGAAAGUAACUACUUUGUCUACAUUCAGUUGGUCCCACUUAUCAUAUUAUUUGGUCUAUCCUUCUUCAGCAACCUUUUUGUGAAGGAUCCAUACUUUAGUUUGACCAAGUCGAACAAAUACUACAUCGAGCGACAUACGGGAACGCAUAAAGUACCUUAUUAUGUUAAGAAGACAUUCGAACAAGAUUUCUCGGGUAAUAUUCUUCAUUUGGAAAAUCAAGUGGAAGAAGAAUAUAUAAGCAACCUUCGGUUUCGAUGUUUCAGGGAAAAAGAUUACAAAGAAAAUCUCCUAUUCCGUGCAAGGUAUUAUGAUGAUCAUGCUAGCUAUGAAAGGGCUAUGCAAAUGCACAUGCCUAACUGUGAACGUCUUUCAGAAAUAUUUGCCACUUGA